ACAGCAUAUUAUUACGUUCGCGUUUAUAUUGAAGUUUAAGUGUGUUACAAAGUAGUGUCAAAUUAUUCAAAUCACACGCGAGUGAAACGCGAGUGUCGUCAGAAUUGUGCGUGAUUUCCUAAGAGAUCGUUCUUGGCCGAAGAUGACAUUGGAAGAGAGUGCCUCGACACCCGAGGUAUGCAGCGAGGCUUAUUACGGGAAGCAUAUCGGCAAGCUGUCGGAACUUCAUCACGGUGUCAGCGGUGAAGUUUACGCGGUGGACGGGCGAACACUGUUCAUCAAGGACUUCACGUACGAUGGCGAGGCGCCAACCGCCUAUUUCUACGUGGGCACGUCGAAGAGCCCGAACGGUAAUGGAAUCAGGCUACGGGACGAGCGUGGAUCAACGGAGACGUUGAGACGAUACCGUAGGAAGGACAUCACGCUCACGUUGCCGGACGGCAAGACCCUGAACAACGUGAAAUGGUUGUCGGUCUGGUGCUACGAAUUCGCCGUGAACUUCGGUGACGUCAGAAUACCGCGAGGAUUCGACUAUCCGAAACCGCAGAAACUCGCGGCUCUGAGCGGUAUACACGGGGUCAGUUCCGAGCCGAUCGUGGUCGUCGACGCUCAGACCCUCUUGAUACCCGGCUUCAGUUACGACGGCGAAGCGCCGGACGCGAAAUUCUGGGUGGGCGUCGGACCGUCGCCGUCGCCGCAAGGAAUCCGCGUGCCGGACGAGAACGGGAAGAUCGUGCCAUUACGACGUUACGAUCGUAAAGCAAUCGUGCUCACGUUGCCGGGGGAUCUGACCGUUCAUCAGAUCGGUCACUUCGGUGUCUGGUGCGAGGCGUUCGCUGUCGACUUCGGCCAUGUACAAAUCCCACAGAACCUUAACGUGCCUCCGUCCCUGAAGAUGCUCGGAGUUUCGCCGCAGUCGAAACUGAACUGCGAAGUUCUCGAGGACAGGCUGGCGUUCGAGGUGCGAUGGGCCGUGGCCGGAGACAGCAUAGUCGCCCAACUCGUUGGAAAACUUGACGACGGACAGUACAUGUCGUUCGGUUUAUCGGCGAAUCCCGAGAGAAGCCUAAUGGUCGGCGGUGACGUGGUCGUCGCUUGGGUCGACAAGCAGACCCUUCAGGGCUACGCGAUAGAUUAUUUCUUGGACGCAAAAUCGCAGUGUACCGGUGGACGUGGCAGUUGUCCCGACACCCGUAUACAGGAGAACACGAAUUCCAUUCGAUUGUUGAACGCCGCCCUGGUGGACGGAUACAGCAUCGUCACGUAUCAAAGGCCGUUAAAGACGAACGACGAGCUCGAUCAUCAGAUUCUGACGAACAGCUCGCAGGCGGUGAUAUGGGCGAUCGGUCCCCUGAACGACCGACAAGAGGUCAGCUUCCACACGGACUACCUGAAGACCGAUCGGUUCAUCGAUUUCGGUAGACCACCGGUCUGGAAUUGUCCGGUUCCUGAUCAAGAACAGUCCUCCCAGCUGUUCGCCGGGAACGACGAGAACACCAGCGGCAGUCAGACACAAGGAGUGGUUGUAACGACGAGAAGACCACAACGCGUCCCAGCGACCCCCGCCCCGGCUCCAAAAACCGACGCCUGGGAUAUCCCACCGAUUCAGUGCGACGAGCCCGAAGACGGUGUAUUCUACGCCCAGAUGGGACCCACUGGAGGGAAACACGGUUACCCAGCUAUCACUGGUCACGUCGGUUGGGGUAUCUCUUGGUACAUAAACGGUCUACUGAUCCCGGAAGUGAACGUGGUCCGCGGUAGGAAGUACACGUUCGUGGUGGAGGGCGGCGAGAAUUCGGACACACCAGCGCGUUAUCAUCCGUUCUACAUCACCGACGAUCCGAUCGGCGGAUAUCAGCACAAGACGCCCGAAGAGAAGGCUAAAGUUAAGAUAUUCGCUGGUGCCCAACGACAUCGUGGUGUAUACCGUGCGACUGGUGUCGGACGUUUGUGCAACUGGGUCCCGGAUCAGAAUCAACCACCCGCGGACGAAUUCUCAUCGUUCGGUGCGUAUCAACGCACUCUGACCCUCGAGUGUGACGACGGUUCGCCUGGUUACGUCGAAUGGACACCCGACGAGAACACCCCCGACACGGUGUACUAUCAGUGUUACACCCAUCGUUAUCUGGGCUGGAAGAUCAACGUCCAUGACAGCUGCGACACCACGGGUGUGGCCGCAGCAAGCAGCGAGAACCAGGAGGUUUACGCUAUUGCCCCGGACGAGCAACGUCCGAGGGACGAGGAUCUCGAGGGCAGCUCCAGUAUUCGCGUCGCGAGCAAGGUAACGCCCACCGCGGAGUUUCUUCAGCAGCAUCUACCGCAUCAUCCCCCGCAUCGUGACAACGGGCUUCGUUAUUCUUACGAUCAUCCAACGGCUACUAACCACGGCAAGCUAAGCGCAUCAUACACGCAGCUACUAACGAACGCUAAUAAUAAUAAUAACAACAAUUAUGCGCGCUUGCAAUCAUCGUCACAAUACGAGGAACCAUACGGCUCGAUGUCCUCGUACACAACCCCUGACCAGUCGGCACAUCGUCACGAGGUACGCGUGAAGGAAACCCAUCAUCACGCGCACCUCGACGAGGAUCUCUUGCAGCAACAUCAGAAUCACCAUCAGAACUAUCAUCAUCAUCAUCAUCAUCAUCAUCAUCAACAACUCACGCCGAUCUAUCGCGAACAAUCGAUGACGCAAGGAGGCGGCAACAGGCUACCGUCAUCGUCCCCCGCAUCCUAUCCCCCUGGCCGGCAACAAAUCACAGAGAUCGAGCAUGAACUCCAUCAUCAGCAACAGUCGCCCACUAACCAGCAAAUGUCUAACCUCGUUGCAGAUAACCCACGACCAAUGAGCCACGGAACGAAAUAUACUUACACGGCCGCGAACGGGCCACAGAUCCUAUAUUCCAGACCGUUGCCGCCUCAUCAUCAUCAACACUCGACCAAUUACCAUCAUCUUUACCAUCAUCAAUCGUUGCCGUCGCCGUCCCAGCAUCAUUAUCAUCACCAUCAGCCGGAGCAACGGACGCAGUUGAUGAUCAUCAAGCGACCGAUGCUGACGCGUCGUCCGAUGUUGCAGACACCGAUGCACACGAUGCCGCAAACGAACAGCCUACCCUUAUCGUCCAGGCCUGUGUUCAUGGAACGGAAGAAGGCCGUUUACAGACCAGCAUCUUCUACUUACAGGCGUACCUCCGAGAAACUGUCACCCGGUAGUCCUCAAAUCGUCAAGCUGAAGAAGAUCGAGACCAAGCCACAGAUCAAGGUAGAAGCGAAAGUGUCGACGGUGGACGAAUCCACUAAUGUGCUUGUGAUACCCAUGAAACCGGCCAGAAAUACGGGUUUCAAUCCUGACUCGAUAGUUAUCGAGGGUGGUUUCAAGCCCAUCAUCAAAACUGUGGACAGAAUCGAGGACGUGGCUCAGAGAAGAAUCACAGAGCAAGCAGAGCAAAAGGAUGACACAUUGGUGCAAGAAGCUACGAACCACAGACCGAUCGACAAUUUCGAGCCGGUCUUCAUACCCUCACCUCCCGUUCCGACAGUGGAUACGAUGAAGAAACCAAAGAAGAAGACCACUGGAACGGUGAAAUCGCGACCAGGGGAAACAGAGGAUAUGGAAAUGGCGGCGGACAGAUCAAACGCGUAUUAUCUGCCUCCAGUUUCAAGCACGAUUCCCAACGAAUACCAAUCCUCAUCCUCAUCCGGUGUGUUGAUCACCUUUGAUGGGAAACGAUUGAAGGACACCGGUCUGGCGAGAUCGAUUUCUGGGAUCGACGAACGAUCAUCGGGUAGAUUGUCCACGGAUGUACUCAGUAGAACACCACAAUUCAGACGAUUCAAGGGUGAACUACCGCCCCCGAUUCCCGAGGAGAUUCGUUCGGACAAAAACCAAUCUGAGAAACGUCGUCCACCGAACACGAAGCUAACUCUGGUGACUAGAUCGAGAAGAUCUCCUCAUGAGGGUCACGUGUACGGUGUACAGUCCCAUAUGAAUAACACUGAGACGAACCAACAUCAUCAUGAUCAUCAGGAGCAUCAGAAUCACGCGACGACAUUGCUUGUAAACGCCGGUCACGCGAUCGUGGCUAAUUUCGGAUACAUCCUUCUGACCGUUGUCUUCUACUAUAUCAUUUGAGAGUGUGGCUCGUUUGAUUGGAACAGGACUUCCAGGAAUGGUGUAAAUUCGUUCGGUGUUCGACGGAUAAUACAAGAAAUCAUCGAUGAGUGUUCGAAGGCUUCUAGGUUCGUACACUCAUCGAUGAUUUACUAUAAUAUAGUUUUCGAAAGCUCGCGGUCAAGUUGAUGUUUCGCGGGAUCCUAUAGACAAAAUUCCAUGGGGUCCUUUCCCUUAGGAAAAUAUGGUCAUCAGCCUUUUUCCGUGGCGUUGGACAACGGGGGGGAUAUUUUCGGAAUAAGAAGGGGCCACACCCAGAGUCACGUUUAAACUCUGUUCCUUCGUGUUUAUUCGAUCAGGUCGGGAAACAGCUCCGUAUUAAAUGAAGAUUCACGCGCGCAAGCAUUCUCGGACGCGACCUCUGGCGAUAGGUUUGACGUGCGGAAUAAAAUGUUCGAAUGCCGCGGCGAUUCGUCGAUUAUUAUUGGUGUGUGUACGUGAAGCUUCGUAGAGAUUAAUGGACAAAUAUAAUCGACGCGAUAACA